AUGGCCAGAGACCAUUCCUAUACUGGGAAGUCUGGAGUGAAGCUUGAAUUGCCUUAUAUCAACGUCAAGCACAAGGUCAGGGUCAGAGUCGUCGAUUUUUGGCCGCCAGUACUGGAGGAUUUUGCGUCGCUUGUACCAGCUGCCGAUGCUUCUGGCGAAAACUCGGAGGAUGAUACGGACAACAUCAGUCCGUAUGCAAGUCAGAAAUGGAUAUGGGACUUCUUCCUGCUUCUGGAAGACAUCAAACCUCAUCAACCAAACUCUGCACCAGCUCAGUUGUGGGCGCAUGUGGAUCACAGAUACGCAGAGUUUCUCCUGAGUAUGUCUGAGGAUCCUACCGAUUUGCAACGCGAUCCGCGAACACUUGCAAAGUUGCGCGAGCAGUUGGCGAUUCUCUGGGGCAACUUGGAAGAACUCAAAACUGCUGCUUUGUUGGNNAAACAACAGCCAUAUCCAGCACUUGAAGCCGCGCCUGCCGAGGGCGCAAACCUGUCGAACUUGCCGUUCUUCUGUUGUAUAGCAGAAUAUGGCCAAGAACUGGAUCAAGAUGACAUUGAAUCAGCUGAAUCUCCAGGUUACACAACACUUUACGAUAUGUCCGGCGCUCGGAUCUUCCAAGAGUGA